AUGGAUGAAGUAAUGAUGAAAGAAGUGGUGCUGUCAUUCGUACCUGGCCUCUCCGAAGAAACUCUGAAUUCACUGCUGUGUGGGUUGCAAGAGCUUGGGGUGGAAAACCAGGAAGACCUUGCUUUGCUUCAAGAAAAAGAUAUAGAGAAAUACCUUCGACCUAUUCAGUGUCGAAAGUUACUGAAUGGCUUUAAAGGACUCGCAAUAGUUCAACUGGAACUGGUUCCUGUCACUCCAACCGUUGUCCCCAGCUCUUUAAACACUCCUUCCAACUUCCCAUGCACUCAAGAUACCAUUUCGUCUCCAUCCUUGCCCCUUGGCAGACCAUGGCAUGUAGCCUUUGAGGUCAACUGGGAUAGGAUGCCAGCAGCUAUUCGAAAGGCGCUAACAAAUAAAUCAAGACCAUCACCAAGCGAUAGAAAGGAAAUGGUCAGGGCAGUGGUUGAUCAGAUGUUGGAUCAUGACCCUAACCCAAACAGAACAAUGUGUCACAACAUUGCUCGAAGCAUUGUAAGGAGCCAUCCAAAAUGUUUUGCUGACAUUGCAAAAAAUGGAGACAUCCUUGGAGAUGGUUGUCAUUCUUUUUUGCAGCAAUUAAAAACUAGGGUGGAAUAUAAAACCAGGAACAAUACUCUAGUGAGACGACGCAGAGAGAGGACGCAUAGUCAGGUACCAGAUGAAGGCAGAGGGAUGACAAGAGGCCCUGUAGAUCAGUACGGCUGUGUAAGGUGGUGUCCUGUGGAAGUUCCUUUUGGCGAAACUGAGGAAUCAUUAGAUGGCAUUAAAAGUAAUCUCCUCAAAAUAUACUCAGAGGAAGGCAUGAGUGGUGCUGAGAGAGCAGAACCUCUGAUGGAGAAGACCUAUAUCAUCCAGCGACGCUAUCUUAAUAGUGUACCUGCGCCAGCCAUUGCAGUUGUUAAGCAGGAAUGGCCUUUUCUCUUUUCACCAAGAGGUAUAUGUUCCCACUUUACUCUUCUGACCGAUGUCUCCAUCCUCGUGAAGUUUCGAGAGGCCCUGGAGAACAAAUUCAACACCAUUCUGAAGUUUUGCAAAGAAGUCAACUGUCAUCAAGGCGUGAAAGACGUUUUGGCUUGUUUUGAACCGGAGUCUUCAGACAAGGCUACAUGCAUUCUUCUCCUUCUAAUGGCAUACUUUAAAGAGCCUACGGAUGCUAUUGUGCUUGAUGUUGAUCCUUGUGCCACAGCCACUGAUGUAGAAGGGACUGUGAUGCUACCAAGCACCCCUCGCUUGAUUGUUCAAGGUGACAAAAUGAAACCAAGGGCAUGGAUGCUGUCUUUGGAGGGUCAAGUGGUCAUGGGACCUCACCUUGACUUUACAACUGGUCUGGCUGCUAUUUUUUCCAGCUACUACAAUUUUAAUUUGAAGUAUGCUGAAGAUGCUGCUUGUACUCUGGAAUUUAUCCAAAGGUGCUUCUUGGGCAUCAACCCAGAGACGGGAACAAAAUCUAAGAGGCAGAGAGGUCACAUGAACCAGCAAGUCUGCACUCUGAUAAGGAAGCUCAUUGACUUCGAAUGGAUGUCUUGUCAAUAUAAUUGAAUGGAGCCCACACUAUGCUGGUACCAACCGCAAGGGAAGGAGAGAGACACCUGCAACCCUCUCUAUUGUCUUUUCUUCCCUCUCUCUCCAUCAAUCUCUUUUCUCGUUCUUUUGACACACAUUCCUGUUACCCACUGUUAAUCCCUGUUACCAGGUGUUUUAUUCCUGUGAUUAAAUUGUAUUUUACUUCUAAAAAAUAAAAGUUAAAUCACUGUUUUUAUUAGUUUUGUUUGGUCCAUCAUUUAUGCUAAAUCACAGUAAUCAAUAGACAUUAACAGUUAUGUACAGUAAUUCUACAGCUGCUUACUGCUUAAUUAAAGUAAUACAGACAGCAACUGUAAUUUCACAGUUAAAUACAUUAAUUUUACAGCAGCUUACUGCUACAUUACAGUAAUACAUAUAGAGCAACUGUAAUUUCACAGUUAAAUACAUUAAUUCUACAGCAGCUUACCGCUAAAUCACAGUAAUGCGAUGGCAUAAUUACUGUAAAAUUACAGUAUACAACUGUCAUUUCACAAUACUUUACUGUAAAAAUGAUACGGUAACUUACUGUGAAAGUCAUGCAACUGGU